AUGUCCACGAACUCGGGAGCUUCAGCGUGGAUAGCUGCCAACUUGUCGGUGUUAACUGGACCACGCUCGUCAAUGGGCUCUCCAAUGACAUUGAUGAUACGACCUAGAGUUUCAGCACCCACUGGGAUACGAAUGGGGAAGCCGGAGUCCAUGACAGGCUGUCCACGAACCAAACCCUCAUACGAACGGUGUUUUCUCCAAGAUGCUGAGCGACCUCGAGUACCAGACGGGGUGUACGGUUCUGGACCUCCAAGGCGUUCAAAAUUGGUGGCAAAGCAUCGUCGAACUGCACUCAGCAAUCAGGAUGAAGUGGUGAUGGACUCGGAAUUGAUGAGCGUGUCGUCAAAAGUCAUAAAGUCUUGCACCCAAGUCCUGACCAAGGAGUACAACACGUUCAGCAGCAUGGAGUUUGCUCAUAAAUUGAUGGAGUACGUCCAGCAAUUGCCGGACACGACGGUCGCGGAUGUCAACUGGUCGAUGCUGCGGAAGGAUGUUCCGGCGUUCAAAGCCACCGCGACUUACGUGAACCUGCUGAACAAGAUAAUGUGCGUCGGUGAGAGGAGAAACAAGCGCGACAAGAACGGCAGCGGCGACAACAGUUUGAAUGACAGCGGAAGCAACGACGAAGCAAGACCCAAGGGCUCGGUUAAGACUGAAAAUAUACUGAGCAGCCAGAGGCGCAAUGCCUACGCCGAACAGCAUGCCGCGAAAAUGAAUCGCACGAGAUUGAACGACCCGAAUGUGACCACCACGCGUCCCGAUAACGUUAUCCAAGUCGAGGGCGACGCUGACAACGACGGCAACAAACCGAUUCUUGAUAAUCUUCGCAAGCUCAUCAGGAAAGUUUAUAAAGACAACGGGAAGCAGCAGCCUAUUGAUUAUUUCAAGCUCAUCCUCGAUCCCGGUGACUUUGGAAAAACCAUUGAAAAUAUGUUCCACGUCGCUUUCCUCGCCAAAGACGGAUUCAUUCGAUUUAGAACUGGUAAUUUCUCCCAAGAUUAUUAUUAUUAUUUAUCAAUUAUUAUUUCGACGGUCUCAGAUGGAAACUGCAUUGAUUUUAACCUGGUCAAUAAUUAUCAACAUUUCAAUUGCUGGCUCUUAAAUCUGGUUCUAUCCUAG